UUGACUUCAGUCACUUCAGGAACCAGAGCCACCAGAGCAGAAUGAUAGGAGAGCACUUUCUACACUCUCUCUCUCUCUCUCUCUCUCUCUCUCUCUCUCUCUCUCUCUCUCUCUCUCUCUCUCUCUCUCUCUCUCUCUCUCUCUCUCUCUCUCUCUCUCUCUUUCCCGAUAUGGAUGCUUGAAGAUUGAAGGUUGGUCUUUCAGAUACCUUGUAGUCUCUCUCUGUAGUCUCAUUCCUUUUUUUGUUUCUCAAGUUCUUCAACAACACUCCCUUCUGUAGUCCUUAUCCUUCACUCCUACCAAUCUAUUCUCUCUCACUGUAUUUCUUCUUCGUGCAUGUAUCUUCUUUACUGUUUCUUUGUCAGGGGUUUUGUCUUCAAAGAACUGAUCGUCAUCAAGAGAAACCGUUUGGUCUCAGAAGAAAAACUAGAGAUAAAAUUCCUGAAUUUCCUCAAUCAAAUCAAAGAAGAAGAGGGAGGAAGAAGGAGACGGAGGCAUAGAAGAUCAAGACGUGGAAUUAUCUUUGCCUUAAAAUCCUACAACACUCUGCUGGAACCAUGGAUGUUCUCCCUGCUAGGCACUAAGCAGGGGGUUGUGUAACAGUGCGACACCUCAACACAACAAGGUGUGCCUUCCCUGAGAAUCACACUGAGGAACUUCCUGUUGAUCUGUUGGACCUCCUGGGACAUCGGGAGCUGAAAGUUCCAAGAACUUUUCGAGGUUUUCCCACGUCCGACUCCCAAGUCUUAAUCAAGGCUUUGCUCCAGCCUCCCAAUGUUCUCCCUGGGGGUUACAGUGUAACCAGGGCCGACCUUUGACCCCAUAGUGCUGAACCCGGUCACACUGACCCCUGCGACCAACGUGCCGAGACCUCAGCACCAUGAGAGGAAUCCAGCUUCUCACGAUGCUUCUGAUUGGCUGCCUGUGGGUGGCAGGACAUGCCAGCAGGGAGAGAGGAGGGAGACUACGCAGCCAGAGGAGAGGGAAGACGGCGGGAGGCGGAGGUGUGGAGAAGAAGAGGAGGCUCCAGCGCCUGCAGCAGGGACCCUGCAGCUACACCUUCAUCCUGCCCGAGCUGGGUGCCCUCUCAGACCCCCGGCCGCUGGCGGAGGGUGCGGGGGUGGGGCGUGGUGCCCAGCGGGACGCCCCCACCCCCGGGUGGGACGGGCCCCCCACGGAGCUCCGCCGCAUGUCCCCGGGGAAGCUGCAGCACCUGGAGAGCGCCAUGAGGAACACCUCACAGUGGCUGCAGAAGUUGGAGGCGUCCCUGCAGUUGGGUGCAGGCCGGAAGGGGGCCCGGCUGCAGCACCAGGCAGUCCAGGACCAGACCGCUACCAUGUUGGAGCUAGGAAGCAGCCUGCUCAGCCACAACGUGCAGCAGACUCACAAGCUCAGUCUGGUGGAGGCCAAGGUGUUGAACAAGACCAGCAGGAUUGAGGUCCAGCUUCUAGAGAACCAUCUGUCCACCAAUAGGCUGGAGAAGGAACUCCUUCUGCAGACCAAUCAGAUCAACCGACUGCACCACCACAACAGCCGUCUGGAGCAGAAGGUGCAGAUGUUGGAGUCACAGCAGAGAGGACAGCUGGAAGACCUCAAGGAGGGUAAAAACCAACUUCAGGCUAUGGUAAAAAGUCAAAUGGUUGCCAUGGAAUCACUGGAACGACAACUGAUGGUUGCUAGAAGAAACAGCACAGCGCUCCAGAUGACCCAGGCUCAGCUGAUGGCGUCUGUCCACUCACUGCUAACAAUGAUGAGUAGCACCACAGUGCAUCGAUGGAGGGACUGUACAGAUAUCUUCAAGGCAGGACACUCCACCAGUGGUCUCUAUGACAUCUACAUCACCAACAUCUCCCACCCCGUCCAGGUGUACUGUGACAUGGAGACCAGCGGCGGGGGCUGGCUGGUGUUCCAGAAACGAUUUGACGGCAGCGUCGACUUCCAGAGGACCUGGAGAGAAUACAAGAUGGGCUUCGGGGACCCUCUGGGGGAGCAGUGGCUUGGCCUGGAGGCCCUUCACCGGCUGAGCCUGCUGGGUCAGUACUCUCUACGGGUGGAGCUCCGGGACUGGGAGGGGAACCAGGUCUACUCCCAGUACGACCUCUUCAACCUGGCUGGCGAAAGUCACAGAUACAGGCUGGUUGCUAGGGGUUACAGUGGGACAGCAGGCAGACAGAGCAGUCUUUCUUCUCAUGGGAUGGCCUUCAGCACGCCGGACCAGGACAACGAUAACUGUGACACCUGCAAAUGUGCCCUUAUGCUCACUGGAGGAUGGUGGUUUGAGGCCUGUGGUCUCUCUAAUCUCAACGGGAUGUACUACUCUCUUGACCAGAACAUCAGAAAGCUCAACGGCAUCAAGUGGCAUCACUUUAGAGGACCCAGCUACUCCCUACAGUCCACCGCCAUGAUGGUUCGACCCUACGACUUCUAACACCACCCCUACGCUCCACCCUGAUGGUCGGCCUCCUAUAACUCUCUAUAACUCUAUAGACGAUGUUACCUGGACAGACUCCUUAAUUGUCUGACCCGAGAACCAGGCCUGUAUGAGGAGGGACGGUUCAUCCAUUGGUCAGGAGUCGACCAAUCAGGACUGCACCUACAUUGAGGCGGAAACGAAAGAAUAUGGAUAAUAUUUGCUCUUGAUUAUCUCUACUGUAUAUUUUACAUAUAUAUGUAUGUGUAUAUAUAUAUAUAUAUAUAUAUAUAUAUAUAUAUAUAUAUAAAUAAUGUAUAAAAAAUAUCUGACUUUGUUUACACUUACAUAAACAAGAGGAUGGUUUACAGCAACGGAGAUGGACAUGGAAGUCCUGCUCAGAUAAUAAUGAAUAGCAAAGUAUUUAACCUUGGUAGUUCAUAUAAUCCACCUAUUCAACCAAACAUAUUCCUUAUAUCCAGCUGUUUGUCAAGGGACUUAAUGAGAAAAACAAGAUCAAGUAAUUAAUUAAUAUGAUUUUAGGGUUUGUAUCAUCAUCUAUAAUCCCAAAGAGAUUAAUGAGUCUUUAGUAAAACAUUUCAAUCAAUGUUAACCUCAUCAUGGCAGAAAUCCCAGAACUCAUGAUGUAAUAAAAUGGGCCAGCUGAACCUGGAUCCUUUGACUCUGUAGUCCACCACAGGAAAGGUGUUCGACUCUUAAUGACCGGUAUCGUAUGUAUUGGAUAAAAGCUUUGGAUAAAAGUGUCUGCUGAAUGUCUAAAUGAAUGAUCUGCUCUCUAGUGACUAUCACUACCACAUAGUACAGCUAGAGAUGUCGGUUGGUUUUAAAUGUUUUCAAAACUACCUCUCUAUCUUUAGUUUCUCCCCUCUAGUCUCUUUAGACUCUCUCUCUCGCUCUCUCCUUCCUUGCUCUCACACACGCAAACACACACACACACACACACACACACACACACACACACACACACACACACACACACACACACACACACACACACACACACACACACACACACACACACACACACACACACACACACACACACA